AUGAAAAAAGGAAAAAAAUAAAAAGAUUCUAUAUAAAAAUAAGAAGAAUAAAUAGAAAAUUGUUGGAAGGCAUAAAAAUUAGAUCUUAAGUUUUUUGAAGAGUUGAAUCUCAUGAAUUAAUAUUAUCCACAAAAUAAACAAAUAUUUGUGAAUGAAUUAAUCAAUAUUUAAAAAAGAACCUCAAAAAUCAGAUAUGUAAAAAAAAGAAAUAAUAAUGCUUCAUUAAUUGAUUGUAGAACAAAAUAAGAAUUAAAAUAAAUGAAAGAAUCUAUUAAUAAUUAACAAAUGGAAAUAGAAAAAAUCUCAAAAAUUAAUUAGCCAAUUGCUAUUGAUAUUAGUAAUAACAAUGACGCUAUUGUAAUUAGUUCUGAUGAAUCUAUAAUAUGCCUAAAUGACAUUGAAGAUUAUAUUUUAGAUGAUUAUUUAUCAUAUCAUGAUGAUUAAUAAUCUAAGACCUAAGCAUAACCAUAAAUAUAUUCAAGAGCCAGAUAACCACCCUAAAUACAUAGUGAUUUGUAAUAUGAACCUGAAAAAUCUAGUUUUUCUUCAAUAAACUUUAGUUAACCAUUAUCAGCAAGUUUAGUUUUUAAAUUCAUGAAUGAUGAUGUGGAUUUCUAAAGAAAUUUUGAUGAAUGGAGUUUAAGUAGUUUAGAAUCUAAGACUCCUCCAAUUAAAAAUAAUCAACAUUACAAUACAUUAUUAUAAUUGUAAAAGUACUUUCCAACAAUUAGUGAUAAUUAAUAUGAGUCUUUAUUAUUAGCAUAUAAUAAUGAUUAUAAACUUGUAUUGUAGAUCUUAUAAUAUGAUUAAAAGUAAAUACAAAGAUUAUUAGAUAAAAAUAAAAAUAGAAAAAAAAUGAGAAUAUGA